AUGUCGUCCUCUGCCAUGACCAGGAUGGGCGCCGACUCGUUCCUGCCUUCGGGUUCUAUCGACACCAGCAUGCGCUUUCCUCUUCCCAGUCUAGGCGAUUCCUCGUCCUCGCUCAUCUCUCCCCUGGCGUUGCCCCGAGGUGCCGCCGGCUACUUCGAUCUUGCCUCAGUGACGAGCAAUCCCACUCUGCAGGCGCCUUCCAAGCUUUCCGUUCCCGGACGCCACGUUUAUUCACCACUGUCUCCCAACUUCCGUGGCCCUGUCGCCAGUCACAUGCCACAGUUCAUGUCGCCCAACCUAACGCCCAUCCAACAAGGACUCCAGUAUCAGUUCGAACAACAACGAUCUACCAGCGUCCCUCCUAACCUGCGACGAUCCAAGACAGGCCAGGCCACAAAAGCCCAGUUCUCGAUUCUCUCCCCGCCACUAACGACAUCGAUGGAUGGCAUGAGUGCUUCCCCUGGCGAUGCCUUCUCCGGGGUUUCGGUGCCGGCUAUCAGCUCUGUCUCUGCCGGACAGGCCCGCUCGGCUUCGGCGGACGCUCUGAACGCACCCUCAAAUGCACAGAUGGUCCGGCGGCUGGUCCAACAAAAUGGCCGGAUAAGAGAAGCUUGGGAAGCCGAGCGCAAGUACUUGGAAGCCAACAGGGAGCGCGCUGAAGAAGUGUACAAGGAGGAACGGGCCCUCAUGGAGGAAGAAAGGGCGGAAUGGGAAGCUGAAAAGGCUAUACUGUUACAGCAGAUUGAACAGCUCCGGCAACAGGUAGCUCAUCUGGGAGGACAAUCCAGCAACGCGAACCUGGCGGCCCUGGCGGCUGCUCAUGUCUCUAAUAAUGGAAUGAUCGGCAACGUCCGCUGGGGUGAGGUUUCACCCGAGAGCAUGAGAAGCUCACGGUCUUCUCAAGGAAGCACGCAACAAAUGCCAGCUCAGCAACCGGAACAGCCCUUUCAGACUACUUCUGUCAGCACGAUACCCGGUCCUCAGGGUCCCGUAGUAGCCGACUCUAUGGCCCAGUCUCCCGAGUUGCGUCCUACCAGUCCCGCGCCUGUCGUCGAUGUCCAGGCAAUCCACCCAGAGCUCGAGGGAAUUCCCAUCAAGGCCAACUCGGUUCAAAAAUCGACAUUCACCGACGGCUCCGCAGUGGAAGCGCUCAAGUCCCCAACCAAGACUCCGUCACCACCCCCGGCGUCUAACAUGCCCGAACCUGACGUGCCUGAAGCCAGGUCAGAAAGCCCGACAAAGGAGCAAACCAAGCAAGUCCUCAAGGCAGAAGCGUCGGUUCGUCUCACCAUGCAUGCUGGUCAUACCCCGAGCCACUCUCUCUCCGUCCUUGCGACCGCAACGUCUUCUGGGGUCGGUACCAUCAACAGCAGUGGUAGCAACACGCCCACUUUGCAGCACGGCGACGAUAUGACUAGCCAAGCGCUUGGAGUAAUAAGCGAGCAAGAAGGCACCAAUCAGCUGGCUGAACAGGAGUCAGGGAUUUCUGAAGAUCCUCCUGCGGCUUAUGAGCCCGCGGAGGAUCGUCCUCUCAGAGGUCCAUUGAUGGUUAGGAACAUGCCUGCCCACGACGAGAUCUUCUUCCGUAGGCUUUCCGAUAAGCUCGAAGAGGUCAGCAAGGACACCAUGGCAGCCCUUCCUUCUGUUCUGAAGGAUGCCGUUGUUGAUGACGGCGAGCCGGGGCCAUUGAAUGCGGAGAACCAGUCUGGCGAUUCGAGCAAAGGGAAAGAAACCGGCAGCGGCUCUAAGAGCGGGGAUGAAGCGGAAAUGGAUAUCCCUCUCAAGCUGAGGCGCAACAACAACUUUGGCGCUCCCUUUGGCGAGUUCAAGUUCUGA